AUGAAGACCUCUGCGCUGAUUGGUUCGAUUGCUCUGGGCUUGCUGCCUGAAGUAAUCGCCUCCCCUAGUGGCUUCAACCCUGAUAAUAUUGUGGUCGCGCAGCGUGCGCUCCCCAAUGCGCCCGACGGGUAUGUCCCUACUUCAGUCACCUGCCCAGCGAGCCGACCGAGCAUCCGCAGCGCGGCUAAGCUCUCCUCCAACGAGACAUCAUGGCUGAAAGGCCGUCGCGAGAAAGCUCUGUCUGGCUUGAAGGACUUCUUCGGACAUGUGACAGUCGGCGAUUACGAUGUGGCUUCGUACCUUGACAAGCACUCGUCCAAUAUUUCAAACAUCCCCAAUAUUGGUAUUGCCGUAUCCGGCGGAGGAUACCGCGCGCUGAUGAAUGGCGCCGGUGCGAUUAAGGCCUACGACAGCCGUACAAAUAACGCGUCGACGAGUGGACACCUGGGUGGUUUGCUGCAGUCUGCUACCUAUCUUGCUGGUCUCAGUGGAGGCAGCUGGUUGCUUGGAUCGAUCUAUAUCAAUAACUUCACCACCAUCGAUAAGCUGCAGACGCACUCCGAUGGUGCUGUCUGGCAGUUUGGAAACUCAAUCCUCGAGGGUCCUGAUACUGGCGGCAUCCAACUUUUGGAUUCAGCUAGUUAUUAUAAAGAUCUUGCUGAGGCUGUGGAGUCAAAGAAGAAGGCUGGCUUCGAUACUUCUCUCACUGAUCUCUGGGGCCGCGCACUUGCCUACCAGAUGUUUAAUGCUUCCAAUGGGGCAAUGAGUUACACCUGGUCAUCUAUUGCCGAUACAGCCGAUUUCCAGGACGGAAACUAUCCCAUGCCGCUGGUUGUUGCUGAUGGGCGUAACCCCGGUGAAUUGUUGAUUGGAGGCAAUUCAACCGUCUAUGAAUUCAAUCCCUGGGAGUUUGGCUCAUUUGAUCCUACUAUUUUUGGUUUCGCCCCCUCAAGUGGCUCGCUUGCUAGCAACGAGAGCUGCAUCAGCGGAUUUGACAGUGCUGGUUUCAUUAUUGGAACUUCCUCCACCCUAUUCAACCAAUUCCUUCUCCAACUCAACACCACCUCACUUCCCAGCUUCGUGAAGAGUAUCUUCAACGACCUCCUCACGAAGCUCGACAAGUCCGACGAUGACAUCGCGUCGUACGACCCCAACCCCUUUUACUUCUACAACAACGACACCUCGCCCUAUGCCCACCAGACUAUGCUGGAUGUCGUUGACGGCGGUGAGGAUGGACAGAACGUCCCCCUGCACCCUCUUAUCCAACCCGAGCGCCAUGUCGAUGUUAUCUUCGCCGUCGAUUCCUCCGCUGACACCGAUUACUACUGGCCGAACGGCACAUCCCUUGUGGCUACCUACGAGCGCAGCUUGAACAGCUCUGGUAUCGGCAACGGCACUGUCUUCCCUGCGGUCCCAGACCAGAACACCUUCAUUAACCUUGGCCUCAACACUCGCCCCACUUUCUUUGGAUGUGACAGCUCCAACAUGAGUGGCCCAGCGCCUCUGGUCGUUUAUGUGCCCAACGCUCCUUACUCAUACAACUCCAACGUCUCAACCUUCCAGUUGAGCACCGACGACACUCAGCGUGAUAAUAUCAUUCUCAACGGAUAUGAGGUCGCCACUAUGGCCAACAGCACUCUGGACGGCAACUGGACAGCAUGUGUUGGCUGCGCCAUCCUCAGCCGCUCAUUCGAGCGCACAAACACCACGCUUCCAGAUAUCUGCAACACAUGCUUUGACCGGUACUGCUGGAACGGCACUGUCAACUCCACAGCACCGGCAAACUAUGACCCGACAGAAUACUUGGCUGAUAGUUCUGCUUCGGUGAUGGUGCCCACCAUAGUGUCGACGGUUGUUACCGCUAGCAUGGCACUUUUCGCCUUAGCAUAA